AUGUUGGAGGAACAAAAGGCUUUAAGAAUGCAAAGAAUACAGCAGGAAGAAGCAGCAAAAGCAAAUGUCAGGAUGCAAUUAGCUGAGAUGGAGAAAACUUUCUUGAAGAAAAAGUACGAGUUUCUGCUAGCAGAAGCAGAUAAUUCAGAAGAUGGAGUCAGUAGGAAAUCGAGAUUGAGCAGUCGAGCUAGCAAGGAGAAAGUACGGACGUGGCUUAGCAAGCAGGAAGUGAACACAUCACACAAUGUGAAAGUAGUGUUAUCCAGUAAUCCUUCGCCAAUGAUCGUUAACACUGAAGCAGCUCAGCAGUCUGGUAUUCCAGCUCCCAUCACUUCAAGUCCACCUGCAUCGAAUGUUCCUGACAUAGCAGUUUCUGGUCCUGCAUCAGCAUCAACACCAAAUUCAACAGAUGGUAAAUGUUUUCCGUGCUCUGCUACUGAGAUUGUAUCCCACGAUUUGGUACCAGUGGGUUCAGAUGGUUAUGUAUCUCAUGCGGAAAUAAUGCUCGACGUUCCCCGCCGAGCACCGGUGAGUUCUUCACAGAGGACUAGAUGCAGUUCGUUCAUAGAAACAAACAUUCUGGAGCAGAUAGGCACCGAUCGAGUCCUGCGGAAGAUUACUAACAGUGCACCGCCAUCUAUUGUUAAGUUUCCUACCAGAACGGAUUGUAAUCAGCAAUCAGAAAUAAUAGCUAGUAAUAAUAAUAUGUUAGGCACGAGUAGGGCACUAGAGUACGACUACAACGCGGUCAUACAUUCCUCUAGUAAUAGUAGGCCAAUGAUCCAUGAUACGCUAGUAGUAACAAGUGUGUCAGCAGUACCUCCCGUAACCUAUAGGUCCUUGCCAGUGUGUAGCUAUAAUUCCAUCUUUCCACAAAAUACCUUUGCCUUAAAUCAAGAGUUAAAACCAUAUGCUCCCGCGCACAGUGUUGCGGCCAGUCGGUGUGUUGCAACUAAUCCAACAAAGUCAUGCUUGAUUGGGGAACAUUAUCGUCGGAUGGGAGGCAGUACGGUUAACUUCCAAUGCCCUGGAUUAUCAGUAUCGAGUGUGCAUACUGGAGCAACGUUAAGUACCACUUGUCAAACGACAUGGACCCGUAACAAACCCCCCGGGCCUUUUGGCGGUGAUGUACCAGGGAUAAUAAAUAAUUACAUACCGAUUUCAUCACAGCCAAACGUUAUGCUUACAAAUAGUGGUGGCUACCGUGCAAAUACGAAUGUGUUGAUACCACCAGUUUCCCACGUCACUUCACGCCCAUUCGAUAUUCCGUUCCUUCAGCCGUCUGUACCCUCGUCCAUAUCCGUUCCUCAGAUCGAACAACGACAGCAACAGUAUAUAGAUCGACCCGCUGUCCCAGGGCGCUGUGGACCAACGAAUGAACAAAUGGCCGCAAGGCAAGUUAUGCCAAGGGAGCUACCGUCCUUCUCCGGAGAUCCGCAAGAUUGGCCAAUAUUCUACAGUUCGUUCUGCAAUUCGACUGAUACAUGUGGAUUCAGUGACGCAGAGAAUCUGGCGAGAUUACAACGUUGUUUGAAAGGACAGGCGUUAGACGCAGUAAAAAGUCGAUUACUCAUGCCGCAAUCGGUUCCAUUCGUGAUUGAUACACUGCGUCGAUUGUACGGUCGACCGGAAAUACUUAUGUACUCGCUUCUUCAGAAGCUCCGAACAGUUCCUUCUCCUAAGACUGAUAAUUUGCAGUCGCAGAUAGAUUUCGGUCUUGCGGUACAAAAUGUUGUAGAUCACAUGAGUAUCGCUAAUCUGUCUGAUCACUUGUGUAAUCCGAUGCUUCUCCAUGAGCUAGUGGAGAAACUUCCACCUCAGCUCAAGAUGCAGUGGUCUUAUUACAAAAGUAGAUUUACUUGUGUCAACUUGGCGACCUUCAGCGCGUUUAUGUCGGAACUAGUGCUGAUGGCAUCGGAGGUUACACUCCCUAUGGAUGCGCUUACCCUCAACUCCAAAUCAACUAAAUCAGGCAGAGACAAACCGAAGCUUUAUAUACACGCUGAGGAGAUACGGGAUGGAAAAUCCAAAGCCAUCGAGAAGAAUGGGGCGUUACCAGACCAAGGUAUAAAGGCUUGUGUGUUUUGCAAUAAAACAAACCAUGAGAUUGCAAACUGCAAGCAGUUCAAGGCGCUCGAUAUCGAUGAUAGAUGGAAGACCGUUAAGCAGAAACAGCUGUGCCGAAGCUGUUUAGUGCUACAUCGGAAAUGGCCCUGUCGUACUAAAACGGAGUGCGGCGUUAAUGGUUGCCGAAUACAUCAUCACAAACUUCUACAUUCUGAGAACUUUUCGAGCAAAGCUGAUCCAAUAAGCGUCGCCGGUAACCAGAAUACGGUAGUACACCAGAAUCUACACCGUACGAUGUCGUUUUCGCUAUUUCGGUAUUUGCCAGUAACGAUACAUGGAAAUGGUAAACAAGUCCACACGUAUGCGUUUCUCGAUGACGGGUCCAACUCAACCUUACUGGAGUGUAAUAUUGCGUCGGCUUUGGGAAUCAAAGGACCUACAGACGGCUUCUGUCUAAGUUGGACUGGAAAUAUUACCAGAGAGGAAAAGGAGUCGCAGCGUAUCAGCGUAGUAAUUCACGGAAAUGGAAAGAAGUUCAAGCUUCAUAACGUGAGAACAGUACAGAAUUUGCACUUACCGGCACAAACGUUGGACUACGAAGAACUGUCCUAUACUUUUCCUCAUCUGAAAGGUCUUCCUAUCCAGAGCUAUACCAACGCAGUUCCUGGGGUAAUCAUCGGAAUCGAGCAUAUCCGGCUAUUGACAGCGCUGCGAACGAGAGAGGGUAAUAACAACGAGCCAGUGGCGACUAAAACCCGCCUGGGCUGGUGUAUCUUCGGAAAGAGCUCCCAGAACAGUAACGUUAUGGAACAGUUGAAUGUACACAUAGACGACGGUAUGUCUAAUCGUGAUCUGCAUCAGUGGAUGAAACAAUUUUUCGCCGUUGAAGAGUCAAGCGUGACAGUAAAGCCGGAGGCUCACGAGGACAAACGAGCACGUCAAAUCAUGGAAACCACCACUCAGCGGGUCAACGGUGCGUUCGAGACGGGAUUGCUAUGGAAAUACGAUCACAUCUGUUUUCCUGACAGCUACCCGAUGGCACUACGGCGCAUGAAAGCGUUGGAGAGGCGGUUAAGUAAAGAACCGGCUCUUGCAUCAAGAGUGAUGGAACAGAUUUCGGAGUACGAAAUGAAAGGAUACGCCCAUCGUAUCACUCCGGAAGAACUUCAAUCUACGGAAGCGAGUAGGGUCUGGUAUCUACCACUAGGCUUAGUGCAGAAUCCCAAGAAACCGGACAAACUGCGACUGAUCUGGGACGCCAAGGCUCGUGUUGGCGGUGUGUCGUUGAACGAUAUGCUAUUAAAAGGUCCUGAUCUCUUGGUGGAACUAAUUUCGGUACUGUUGCGUUUCCGACAGGGAGAGAUUGCAGUGGUAGGCGAUAUAAAAGAAAUGUUCCAUCAGAUCAGUGUUCGGAACGAAGACAAGCAGUCACAGAGAUUCGUUUUUCGUAUGCAGCCUGAGUUAGAACCCCAAAUUUUCGUCAUGGACGUAUGCACCUUUGGAGCUACCUGUUCACCGAGUCUUGCGCAGUUCGUCAAGAACAAGAAUGCAAUGGAGUUUGCCGAAAUCUUCCCAAGGGCGGCGAGGGCCAUCAGGGAUAACCACUACGUGGACGAUUUUUUGGACAGUGUAGACACCGUAGAAGAGGCUAUUCGAUUAGUCAAAGAGGUGAAAUAUAUUCAUGGACAGGCGGGGUUCGAGAUCCGUAACUUCAGCUCGAAUUCGGACGAAGUUCUAACGGGUAUCGGUGAAACAGUUGAGCGACAGCAAGUAUCGAUGAACCUGGAUAAACUCUAUACAGAACGCGUUUUGGGCCUGAUCUGGAUACCGAAGGAAGAUGUUUUCACAUUCGAUUUGAGCAACAUGAAGGAGGAAAUCAAAGCAUUAGUUGAAAGCGAAAGUAUACCAUCUAAGCGUCAAGUCUUGCGAACGGUCAUGUCUCUGUUGGACCCGAUGGGAUUGAUUGCACACUUUGUUGUGCAUGGCAAAGUUCUAAUGCAGCAAAUAUGGAGAAGUGGAACGGAUUGGGAUGACCUGAUAUCGGUCGACUUGCGAGAUGGUUGGAGGACUUGGUGCCGACAGAUGCAGAAACUGAAUGCUGUCAGCGUACCUCGUUGCUUCUUCAAAGGGGUCAACAGUUCCAUGCUCAAGGAUGUGGAAGCUCAUCUCUUCGUAGACGCAAGCGAACUAGCUUGUGCGGCUGUUCUAUAUCUUCGAUUCUACAGUGGAGGCGGGCCUAGAUGCGUGUUGGUAGCGGCAAAAACCAAAGUUUCUCCGUUGAAACCGUUAUCCAUCCCACGUCUUGAGUUACAAGCGGCGAUGAUCGGAACGAGAUUGAUGGAUUCUGUGCUUAAAUCGCUAGACAUCAAAAGUACUAACCGCUUCAUGUGGACGGACUCUACUACCGUGCUUUGUUGGUUGCGAUCCGACAGUCGACGAUACCACCAGUUCGUAGCCUUCCGUGUAGGAGAAAUUCUCACUACAACCAGCGUAGAUGAGUGGCACUAUGUACCUUCGAGAAUGAACAUCGCCGAUGCUGCCACCAAGUGGAAGGACGGGCCGAACUUUGACCCAAACAGCCCGUGGUUUAAAGGACCAGAAUUCUUGUAUCAAACACCAGAUCACUGGCCCUCAGAACCGUCAUUGAACCGAGCAGAGGCCGAAACCGAAUUACGUUCAGUGUUUCUUUACCACGGAACGAUUCCUUAUUCGUUGAUAGAUGCUUCUAGGUUCUCAAACUGGAAUCGUUUACUGAGGACGACAGCAUACGUACUACGAGCGGGGCGCCGAUUCAAAGGUGAAAAAGUUAUCAAACCGUGUAUCAUGUCUAAGGAGGAAUUGUUUCUAGCAGAGAACAUUUUAUGGCAGCAGAUACAAACGGAAUCGUAUCCAGAUGAGUAUGCCAUUCUACGUCGUAGUCGAGAAAACUGUACAAGUCCAGUUUCAAUACCGAAGUCUAGUGCACUAUACCGACUGUCGGUUUUUAUGGAUGAUUACGGUGUUAUCCGGAUGAACAGCAGAAUAUCCGAGGCACCAACUGUGCCGUACGAUACCAAAUUUCCGAUUCUACUACCCAGAAAGCACGUUGCAGUACAUCUUCUGGCCGAAAGCUAUCACCGAAAGUUUCGCCAUGGAAACAACGAGACGGUCUGUAAUGAAAUGCGUCAACGAUUUUUCGUACCCGGACUGCGAGUUUUAAUUCGGAAAAUAUCAAAGCAGUGCAUGACCUGUCGCGUUGGAAAGGUGAUCCCUGUUCCUCCUAUGAUGUCAUCGCUACCGUCAGCUCGCGUUACUGGAUUGAUUAAACCAUUUACUCAUACAGGAUUGGACUAUUUCGGGCCAAUUCAAGUGAGACAAGGUCGCAGUUUGGUAAAAAGGUGGGUGGCAUUAUUUACGUGCCUUACGAUACGUGCUGUACAUCUCGAGAUAGUACAUAGUCUCUCCACCCCGUCGUGUAUCAUGGCCAUCAGGCGAUUUGUGGCUCGUCGUGGUUCUCCGGAGACUUUCUACAGCGAUAACGGGACGAACUUUCUUGGGGCAAGUAACCUUCUGAAAAAACAGAUACAAGAUAUUCACGAAGACUGUGCGGUAACCUUCACGAGUGCUAGGACAAGCUGGAUUUUCAACCCUCCGUCGGCACCUCAUAUGGGCGGCUCCUGGGAGCGAAUGGUGCGCUCAGUAAAGGCAGCCAUGUUGGCGAUAGCAGAUCACCCUCAUCAUCCUAGUGACGAGGUAUUGGAAACCGUAACGCUAGAAGCCGAAUCGAUCGUUAACUCUAGACCACUUACAUACAUCCCAUUGGAGUCGUCGGAGCAAGAGUCGCUAACACCCAACCACUUUCUGUUAUUCGGAACGAAGGGAAUUACACAGCCAGAAAUACCAGUGAACAACGGGAAGAACGUUUUGCGAGAUUGUUGGCGCCUAGCACAGUGUUUAAUGGAUCACUUCUGGUCUCGCUGGAUUCGGGAAUACCUCCCAACGAUAACUAGGCGCUGUAAGUGGUUCGAACCUGCUCAGCCGCUCAAAGUCGGUGAUCUUGUUCUAGUUGUGGAAGAAUCCAAGCGGAACGGUUGGCUACGAGGUAGAGUCGUUGAUGUAACCAAGGCACCAGACGGACAAGUUCGUAGAGCAGUUGUGCAGACGAAGUAUGGCUUACUCAACAGACCUGCAGUAAAGUUGGCUCUUCUGGACGUACUGAAUCCGGGAGACGGUCCGGAACUUCACGGGCAGGGGAAUGUUACGAAACCACAGGGCUGA